AUGGAUCUCCUGACUGAUCAUUUUGAGGAUCCAUCUUUUGAAUCCAAACUGCCCUCACCAAUCAUAAUUCUAGUAACAUUGCUUGCCCUUGUUGCAGGAUUCUACUACAAACUUAAGGCCUCAAAACUUGAAGCCAAGAAACUCCCACCUGGUUCUUUGGGAUUUCCAUUUGUUGGCGAGUCUAUAAGCCUUGUGAGGGCACAGAAACGAGACAAGAUUGAUCAAUGGAUGUGGAAACGCAUUGACAAGUUUGGACCGAUAUUCAAGACCUCAAUUUUUGGUACAAAGACUGUGGUUUUGACAGGCCAAGCUGGCAACAAGUUUUUGUUCAGUGGAGGUGAUGGCAUUUCUUGCGAACAGCCAAAGACGAUUGCCAGCAUACUGGGAAAGUACAGCCUCUUUGAGAUUUCUGGGUCUCGGCAUAAGCUUCUUAGGGGUGAAAUGGAUUCACUGGUCCAGCAACAACUAUCCAAGGAAUUGGAUGGCAAGGAUUCCGUAAAGAUAGCGCCACUCAUGAAGAGGAUUGCAUUCAAUAUCACUAGCAGUAUCCUUUUUGGAAUACCAGAUGGCAAGGAGAAAGAUAUACUCUUUGAAGAAUUUACGGUUGCUGUUAAAGGGUGUUGGGCAGUUCCCUUGGAUAUUCCAGGGACCGUAUUUCAUAGAGCAAUGCAAGCUCGAGCUAGCCUCUGCAAAAGGCUCUCAAAAAUCAUACAUGAAAGGAAAAGAGAAAUGGAAGAAGGGAUAGCUGAUGAAAACGAAAACAUCAUCUAUAGCUUUCUUAGUCUGAGGUAUGAAAACGGGGAAUAUAUGCUAGAAGAGGAGAUGGUUGAUAUGGUCCUAUCUUUGAUAAUGGCUAGUCAUGAUUCAACCACGAUUCUCUUGACCCUACUCACAAGACUCCUUUCUCGAGAUGCCCACAUCCAUAACAAGGUUCUUGAAGAGCAAAAGGAAGUUAUCAAGGUUAAAGGAGGCAGUAAGGGGAAGCUCACAUGGAAUGAAAUUCAAAUGAUGAAGUAUAGUUGGAGAGUAGCUCAAGAAGUCAUGAGAUUUUAUCCUCCAAUUUUCGGCAACUUUCGACAGAUAACCAAAGACAUCAACUUCGAUGGCUUCGAUAUUCCGAAAGGAUGGCAGCUUUUAUGGGUGGCUUCUGGUACGCACAUGGACAAGUGCAUUUUUGAAGAUCCAGACAAGUUUGAUCCAUCAAGAUUCGAGAGUUCAUCGAAAACAUUUCCUCCAUACACUUAUAUUCCUUUUGGAGCUGGCCAGCGGAUCUGCCCUGGGGCAGAAUUUGUUCGAAUUGAAUCAAUGCUCGUAAUCCACCAUUUUAUAACAAAAUAUCAAUGGACAGAGAUAAUAGCUGACGAGCCUAUAUUUCGUGAUCCCAUGCCUUAUCCAGCAAUGGGCCUUCCCGUCAAGUUUUAUCCAAGAAAUGAUGAAGUAGAGAUGUGA